AUGGCACGAACCAGGGGCGCGAAGUCUUCAUCCCCUUCCACCCGAAAGCGAACGCCGCGCGAGGCACCAGUACAAGCUUCGUCCUCUGAGCCGCCGCGGCCAGAAGCCGUCCCGCCACCGGCAAAGCCCUCGCCAAAGAAGAACCAGGCCAAGCCAACAUUGCAAACCCCUCCGGUGAGGCGCUACCUUACCAGGUCAGGGGGCCAGCCCCUCCGAAAGCGAGCUAGGGUAGAAAGCUCGGAGCCUAUCGAUUUAACAGGGCAAUCCCCUGUUUCAUCCCCUGUUGCGUCUCCUGCCCCAUCUCCAAUUCCAUCUCCGGUGCCAUCUCCGACACCGCCUGCGAAGCUUCCAGCAAUCCAGCCGCCGCCUGCUGAGCCCCAAAUUCCAUCCGAACCAGCUUCGGAAGCGGUAAUCAGGCGGUCAAUUCUAGCUCAGCCUCCAAUUGAGGGCAAUUUGGAUUGCCGAGACCGGGCAUUCCAUUCGGAGCUAUGA